CCCGCUUCAUAAUUCUUACCAUGGAUCCUGAUCCAGCCAACUCUCAAGAAAGCUCUCAUUUGGAAACAAUUUGGACUGUGCACGUGGAGGUCCGCCUCUCAGCCAAGUCUAAGCGCCGGUUCGACACCAUCAAGAGUCAAGUCAAGGGCUGGCUACAGUCACUUGAAUGCCUAUCUAUACCAUCAGACCUCCAUGGCUGGGAACAAGAUCCUAGCCUCGCGUCAUGCGUCGAACGCAUCGCAGUUGCAGAAUCCCCGUGUCCAUCGUCAAUUCUGCCAUUAUCCCAGAUAUCGCUCAACAUACACACAUAUCAGCCAAUUGAAUCCGACUCCGUCGACGAAUACACCAAUGGAAACGAUAGCGGGGAGGGAGAAGGUGUGCUAGCGGCCAGUGUUUGCGAGCUUCCUUCGACAUCAUUGGAGGGCCUCUGGGACGGCCUCAUCUACUCCGACAACAUCAAGCUAAGGCUGCUGGAUUACAUCCACGCCACUCUGAUCCUCAGCGAUCUUAACGUCGACUCCAACCUCGUUUCAUGGAAUCGUGUCGUCCUUCUGCAUGGGCCCCCAGGAACAGGGAAGACUUCACUAUGUCGAGCACUUGCUCAAAAACUCUCCAUCAGAAUGUCUCACCGCUAUUCGCAAUCACGGCUACUAGAAAUCAAUUCGCACUCCCUGUUUUCUCGAUGGUUCUCAGAAUCCGGCAAACUUGUCCAGCGACUGUUUAACAAUAUCAACGAAAUGAUCGAAGAUGAAGACUGUUUUGUCGUUGUCCUCAUAGAUGAGGUCGAAUCCUUGACUGCUGCAAGAGCAGGGGCAAUGGCUGGAACGGAGCCGUCGGACGGCCUGCGUGUCGUCAAUGCCCUACUGACGCAGCUAGAUAAGCUACGACAGAAGAAAAACGUCUUGGUCAUGUCGACGAGUAAUUUGGCUAAAGCCAUAGAUUCUGCGUUCGUCGAUCGAGCAGACAUCGUUCAGUAUGUCGACUUGCCUCCACGCGAGGCCAUAUAUGAAAUCCUCCGGAGCUCGAUAUGCGAGUUCGUCGACAAAAAGCUCAUUCAAGAAGCCGUUGUUCCACCUCUGAACGAGGCUCUAUUCUACGAGGACACCGGCAAUUACGCGCAACAAAAUGACGGAUCACCAGUGUCUACAGCGCCUCACACGGAAAGAGUCAAGCUCGGUCGCAGUCUCCUGACCCUCUCCGCACGGUGUAGAGAAUUAGGCCUCUCGGGACGGGCAUUGCGUCGUCUGCCUGUCUUGGCUCUGGCAAGAUACAUAGGUCUAGGGGUGAGCAGCAGAAAUGGUAUCCUGGACAAUGACUCUGGCAACUUCCACACCGACAUCUAUACAUGGCUUGACGCCAUGGGGAAGGUUCUUGACGAACGUGCUUCUACGCACGGGCAAUUGUUACAAUGACACUAGCAUUACACCUGUCCCAGCAACUGGUUUCGCAUGUUAGGCUAGUCGAACAGCAGAUUUCUUGGCAAGUCUUCUGGCAAGGGACCUUACACCAUGUUUUUCGGUAGUGAAUCCAUUAAGAUUCCACUAACUACAUGUGUGCGUUGCGGUGGAAAUGUUACUUGAUAUAUGACAGCG